UAACUCUGCUUUAUAAUGGGUAAUUUCUUUCGGUGUUUUAGGUUUGGGUUUGUAGACUUCAACAGUGAGGAAGAUGCCAAAGCCGCCAAGGAGGCCAUGGAAGAUGGUGAAAUUGAUGGAAACAAAGUUACUUUGGACUGGGCCAAGCCUAAGGGUGAAGGUGGCUUCGGGGGUCGUGGUGGAGGCAGAGGCGGCUUCGGAGGCCGAGGUGGUGGCAGAGGUGGCCGAGGUGGAUUUGGUGGCAGAGGCCGGGGAGGCUUUGGAGGGCGAGGUGGCUUCAGAGGAGGCAGAGGAGGCGGCGGCGACCACAAGCCACAAGGAAAGAAGACGAAGUUUGAAUAGUUUCUUCUAUCCCUGUCUUUCCUUCUUCCAUUUGAAAGAAAGGACUCUGGGGUUUUUACUCUGUUACCUGAUCAAUGACAGAGCCUUCUAAGGACAUUCCAAGACAGUAUACAGUCCUGUGGUCUACUUGGAAAUCCAUAUAGAUAACAUUUCAAGGGAGAUACCCUGUUGGUUUUGACUGGAUAUUCAUAUAAACUUUUUAAAGAGAUGAGUGAUAGAGCUAACCCUUAUCUGUAAGUUUUGAAUUUAUAUUGUUUCUUCCUAUGUACAAAACCAUUUUUUUCCUACAAA